AUGGUGACCAAACUGUUCUUAAUACUCGAGCAAAUCUGUUCGAAGAGAACGAUGAUGAUGUCAAGUCAAACUGCUCCAUAUCAUGAGAAUAGAAAUGAAUAUCCGCUGUAUUAUGAAGAAAAGCGUUCAAGCAAACCGAGAGAAAUAUCGAAUCAGAAGAGACUGCAACGUGGGCACUACCAAGUGUUUACGAUCGCGCAUCGAGUAGUUGUCAUUAUAUACUCUCGAGAGUCAACGGACAGACAUCAUCAUCUAAUCCGAUUCUUCUUUCCACGUUCUUCACAAAUGUUCAUCUUAGAACGUAUUCGAACGAUAGCCAUCUUGUGCCUCUCGGUUUUCGGAUGUACAGGCAAUGUUCUAACAUUAAUCAUUGUUAAUCAACGAUUUUUUCGACGGACAACAUCCGCAGCGUUUAUUUCCGGUUUAUGCAUCGCCGAUUGUUGUGUCUUAUGUUUACAUAGUUUACAAAUUGUGGCCAAACUUCGUCCACAGGUGACAUCGUACGAUUGUAUAGUUUUCUAUUUCAUUGAUGUCUUCCGUCUCCUAUCGGUAUGGAUCGUAUGUUUUAUCAAUGUCGAACGUUGUUCUCUCGUUUUCAAUCCGUGUCGCAUGCCACGUUUAACUAGUCAAAUCAAAUCACGUCUCCUUGUCAUUUUAUUAUUUUGCAUGUCAUUGAUUAUUUUCAGUCAUUACACAUAUCACAUGCAGAUUGAAUAUGUUCGCGGUGCAAAUCAAACGGAACCUAGUCGAUCGUUUUGUGCGUUUAAAAAAGAUUUUCAUCGAUUGACUUGGGAAUCUAUACGAUCAGCAUUGACUUACUGGCUAAUUGUACCAGUGUGCAUCGUUUGUAACAUUAUCAUUAUCAGACGUCUCCAUCAGGCAUCGCGUAUUGAGCGUUCAUUAAGUCCAGAUACACGAACGAGAUUGGAUCUAUCGAGUAAACAACGACAAUUGACAGCUAUGCUUGUCGCAUCCUCACUUUGCUUCGUUGUCACAGCAACACCAUCAACAGUUCAUGCGAUUUAUCUGUUGAUUUCAAAGAAUUUCGGCAAUCAUCAAUAUGUUAUUCAUAUCUUUACAAAUAUUCUUCUGCAUUUUCAUCAUGCAUCCAACUUUCUCGUUUUUCUUUUCUCAUGUGCACGUUUUCGGAUUGAAUUAAUCGAACUGUUCCGCCGUUAUUUUUGUUAUAAAAUCUACUCAAAUUGGUAUAAACGUUCAACACAAAAUACUGAACAAGUUGUUUUCUAUUCGACUAAAAAUCAGCGAACACCAGUCAAAUUAUUAUCACAAAAAUCGAACCUUCAACGACGAACUCCUCCAAACAAUAUCGUUUUAUUAGGCACGAAUAAUUAUAAUAUACGCAGUACAAGAAGCUAUGGACAUCCUGUACAAGCACAUUACAGAUAA